CAAUUUGUUCACGGUGGAAUUUAAUUCUCUGAAUUCUGGUACGCUCUAUACUCUCUAUGUUGAAGUCGAACUAAUCAGUGGAGAUAAGAUAGUGCCUCUGCUGCUCCAGGCAGCUACAGUCCCAGAAUCAGCCGCCAAUCUGCGGAUCACUGUCAUCGGCAUGGACUACAUCCUCCUGGCAUGGGACAAUCCUACCGGAAUGAUCGACAGCUACAACGUCUCCUACUAUCCUGUCGAUGACACGACAGCGCUGAUGUCGGAGGUCGUUGAGGCUACCGCUGGGGGAAAUGAACUAAGGGUGGAUGGGCUAAUAGACGGAAUGAAUUACUCUUUCAGUGUGGUUUCGCUCCUAGAAGUCCAGGACAACAUGCAGGAGAUGGGGGCACCAGUUGAGGUUUUUGCAGUUGUUGGAGCGGAAGGCAGCUUUAACAUCACAUCGUUUGAUGAAACUAGUAUUAGCAUCGAGUGGGAAGAAAUUAACGUUGAUGAGUACUUCCUCUCAUACGAUGCCGAAGAAGGACGGUCUGGCAACGUGACCGUUGCUUCCACUGAACCAAACACCUACACCUUCACCGAGUUGACACCGGGAACAUCUUACACCAUUGGUGUUAAGCCUGGAAUUUACUCAGUCAUUGAGAAAACGCAAUUGACACGUCCAAAUCCACCAAGAAACUUACGAACCACCAUGGUUUCCUCGAGGAGCAUAACGGUAAGCUGGGAUACGCCUUCUGCGGGUGGUAGCGAGGAGUAUCGCAUCACCUACUCUCCUGCGGGGGGUCAGCCUACGUCCCCUCAACAGCUAUCAGCGACGUCGAUAACAUUCACCAACCUAACGCCUCUGACGGAGUACAACUUCACAGUCGUGACCCUCUUUGAAUCGCUUGAGAGUGGGGAAGAGGCAACCACGGCAACCACUUCUGCGCAGACGCUCAACCUGGAAAUAACAAGAAAUUUCAGCACUGAAUUCACAGUGGUAUGGGAUGACCUUGACACCAACGACUUUCACAAGUACUGCGUCAGGUAUGCCCCCUACGAACCUUUGGCAUCGGGAGGUAGGCAGCAGGAGAUGUUUUCUAAAGAACGGAACGACCGAAAUGCGCGAAUCUAUGGCCUGAACCCGGGGCGGGAAUACACGGUUUACGUCACGAGUUGCGACACUCUCUCCCAGCCAACGGGACAUGCAAGUGAAAGCAUUUCAUACAGACUAGCUCCCGCUGCUAUCUCUGAAAUCAGCAUCAGGGAGGGCUCCCUCGCUUCUCGUUCUGUGACGCUGGAGUGGGUGCGACCGCAGGGUAACCGCACGUACUACCGGGUGACCCUUGACCCCGCAGACGAGGGCACUGUGGACGGAAACGAGCCCCCUUUCAACCUGAUGGGUGAUGAUGCAACGAGCGUGGAGAUCGAGAACCUGGCCACCGGGAAGGGCUAUACCGUCGGAAUAACCGCCUUCAGUGGAGAUAAAAGAAGCGCGGAAACGACCUUCCUUUUCUACACCUUACCGGACCCUCCUCAAAACCUUGUCGUCUCUGAGAUCGAGGUAGAAACAGCAAGGUUGAGCUGGGAUGAUCCUGCCGAAAUGAACAUUGAAAUCACGGAUAUAGUCUUGACAACAUCCCCUGAGACGCCGUCUGUAACAUUGGCGCUUAAUGCCUACACAGAGGAACUGUCUGGCUUUGUCCCAGGGCAGACCUACACUGUUGCGUUGGCCUCGGUGAUCCGGCCUGGUCAACAAGAAAUCAUCGGGGACCCUGAAAUCUCAUCUCCAUUCUUGAUGAAACCUGCCGCACCAACCGGUGUCAUUGCAACAAACAAUGAUUUGACCAGGGUGACUGUACAAUGGACACCAAGUGAGGGGGUAGUGGCUCGUUACCGAUACUCCUACGGCCUUCCCGGUUUGACGGUCCUGGGUAGUGGGACAACGACAUCGUCCGAAACCUCCGUUCAGCUGUCGGACAUGAUACCUAGUACGCGUUACGAGUUCAAUGUUUGGGCAGAGAGUGAUCGCGCAAGUGGAAGCGAGACCAAGUCCAGUGCUAUUGUUACGGUCAACAUCGUCACAAAACCAUACAGCCCAUUGUUCACGGCGAGCGUACCGACUGCUACGUCCAUUACAUGGGCAUGGAGCUCAACUUCCACGAACAUUGCCAAUUUUGUGAUCGCAAUCAAAGAUGCGACAGGUGCAACGAUCAAUACACAAAGCGUCCAAGGUUUCAGUUAUACCGAGGAAGGUUUGGCCCCGUUCACUUCGUAUUUUGCUGUACUCCAAGCAGUUUUCUUUGACGUUCCUAGCGACCCUGUAAACGCUCUACCAGUGUUAACACUACCAACCAAUCCCAGCGAGGUCACUUCCCUAUCUGUCAGCAAGACCGGUAAUGUCAAUGCAAUGGUCAGUUGGUCAACUCCGUUGCGUCCAAACGGUGUCAUCGCAAACUACACCCUGGGUGUCUUUAGGUCAUCUGACGAUGGAACCCUCACACCGACUGAAACUUUCACCAUUAACGCUGCGGAAGGACUCUCCGAUUACUCGCAAGAAGUGGUAGACUUGACUCCAGGAUAUUAUUACGUUUUCUCAGUGUACGCAACCAAUCAGGUUGCAUCUGGUAACCCCCGGUCCAGCACAAGAACCUUGUUUGCCGAAACCGCUCCACCUGAUCCACCCCGUGAGGGAAUUCCUCAGAUGGUCUCCCGAGGUUCACGCAUCACGAUCUCCUUCCUCAACAGAUUUGACGCAAGGUUUGGGCGUAUCGCGUUCUUCGCAGUCAUCGUCAAGGAACUAGAAGAUAGCUCUAACCUGAUUACCACUGCCAAACGUCAGGUCACAUCGGUCCCUACCUGGGCCGAAGCCAGGAGGACACGCCCUGUUCCCGCCUACCAGACCACGCCCAACGACUACAACCCCUUCGCUGAUGGGGCGAGCUCUGCUAGCUUUACGGUUGGGUCAGAAAGCUGUGACCCUGACGACCUUACAGCUUAUUGCAAUGGCGAACUCUACCCUGGCACUUACUACAGAUUUGCAAUCAGAGCAUAUGGAGUGGACGGCAAAUACUCAGAGACAGAAUUCAGUGCUCCAAUAAGAACAGAUCCGGAUAGAGGAAUAUUUGUCAUCCCAGCGAUCAUUAUUGCAGUCAUCGUUGUAGUCCUCCUUAUCAUCUUUAUGGCUAUGGGAUUCGGAUGCUGCGGGAAACCAGAUGAUGAACUGUACGACGAUGGCAACGGAUACACCAAUGGCUACAACAACGGCUAUGGCAACGGCCAGAUGAAGAGAGCGCUGAUUGACGACGGAGUGAAUACCUACGCCUUCCAGCAGCCUCAGAUGAUGGAACACUCCUUCACGAACAUACCGGACUACUCCACAGUACCAGGACCACGCCCAUCUGCCGAAGGAACGAGUGCUCAAGUACACCAGCCUAUAGCUGUAAAGACAAACCCAGUCAAAAAGAAUAUGUUUAGUGCACACGUGAGGAAAAUGACGGCUAACAAUAAUGUAGGAUUCAGCGAUGAAUAUAAUAACUUGCCAACUAUUGAGAAGAGCCGAGCAGUGACUGCCGCUAGACAAGCACAAAAUAAUGACAAGAAUCGUUAUAGAAACAUCUUACCUUAUGACUACAGCAGAGUCCAACUGAAGGGCGUCGUCGGUAACGAUUACAUCAAUGCAAGUUACAUUCAGGAUGAACAGGGAAAUAGGAAGUACAUAGCAUCACAAGGUCCCUUGCCGAACACCAUUACUGACUUCUGGGAGAUGGUUUGGGAGAAUCAGUCUAAUACCAUUGUGAUGAUGACAGCAUUGGUAGAAGGAGGAAAGACCAAAUGUGAACACUACUGGCCAUCAUCACAAGAACCCGAAAUUUAUGGCAACGUAACAGUCACCCUCAUCGGAAGUAGCCAGAGCGAUGACUUCAUCGAACGCACGUUACUCUUAGAAAAGGAGGGCUCAGAGCGCACAGUAACUCACUACCAGUAUCUUGCCUGGACCGAUCAUGGCGUCCCAGCAUCUACCACCCCUCUUAUCAGGCUACUCCGUCAGGUCAAGGUCACGAGACAGGAAGACGAGGCACCGCCCGGUCCGAUCGUCGUCCACUGCAGUGCUGGUGUUGGAAGGACUGGAACAUUUAUCGCUGCUGACAUGCUGAUGGACACCAUCCGACAUUCUGCUUCGGAUUACAUCGAUGUCGCUGGUACGGUAGCCAAGCUCAGGGAGCAGAGAGCCCUCUUGGUCCAAACACUGUACCAAUACAUCUACCUCCACCAUACUGUGGACUCAAUGAUAAAAGAGGGUUUAGAAUGAUGGAACAUGACUGCCCUGGCUUCCACAACGUAACCUGACAUUUCACAUGGUUUUAUCGCUUCAAUCUUGCAUCCAGCAACACAUUAAAAUAUAAUACAAUAAAACUUAAUGAGAAUGUGAAAUAAUUAUAUUAAUAUUCUGUUUCUGUGUAGCGAUCCAUACACUGAAAUUUCUUCUUGAAGAGCUUUACAGAUACAGUGUAUAUUACAUUUUUGUCAAAUUUUGCCAUUUGAAAUUAAAAUGUCUUUCAUUUACUGUCUUUCCUAAAAACAGUUGUCUUCCAUGUCAAUUGUAUUGAACAUUACAUCGAAUUGCGAUGUAAAAAGCAGAUACGUGUAUAUUUCAAUUUGCCAAUUAAUCUGAAUCAAAAUGUCUUUCUUUGCCCGUCUUUCUUCAAAGGAGUGAUAUUCCAUAUUCUUUCUUUUUUAGUAAUUGCAUAAAUAUUUAUACUUUCAUUGUGUACAUGUAUGUUUUAAAGUUGGUCUAUGGAUUAAUUUGUUAGUCAGGACCUUUCAAUUAUGCAAUGGGGCAUUGCAUAUAUUCAUCCAAUUUUGUUAUGUGUACUACCUUUUUGCAUCUUUUUACUUUUUUUAUCUUGUAAAAAAUACAAAAUGCAAUGAAACACUCUUCUAUUGUGCAUUUUUAUACUGAUAUACUCCUAUUGUACCCGCAUUUAUUUUUGUUUUAAUACCUGUUCAUAUUGUGUAUGUGCUGGAUAAUGUUAUGAACCUAUAUAUUCUCUUUUCUCUUUAAGUCAUAUCUAGAAUGUAGUAUUUAUAUGUUCUUAUUUCUGUUAUGAGGUGAAGGGAUAAUUCAUGUGUUAUUCUUUUUUUCCUUUAUUGUUAGUUGUUUUGAAGGUCCAAUACAUUCCUUUCAUACCAAGCAUGUAUCUUUCCUGUUUUGUUAUUAAUCUUGUUCAAUGAACAGUAUCGACCAUUGAGAAAAAUUGAUAAUUUUAAAAAGAACAGUACUUUUUCCCCAAAUAUCUCUUCUACUUCAGACUGAGAUAUACUGCAUGCUGAGAAGUGAAUAGAUAAUUAUUGUGGGUAAUGAAUUUCAAUUAGUAGGAAAUGAAAAACAGUUAUGAUAUAUGUUUACAAAGCAUGAACUUAAUUCAGUUUAUGUCUGUUAAUGACAAGCUCAUUAUCACUAAUAAUACAAUGCAUGGUAAUAAAUAAAUUUAAAAUUUAACAUGUGUACGUAAAUAUAUUGAAGUAUGCUUGAGUCGAGUCUUGAUGCAUACGUAUAUGCCAUUAGUUUGUGAAAAUAUGUUCAUUUACCAAAAUAGAUUGAUAUUUUAAAUGAAGCAUUUUUAAGUAUUUUACUGAAAAAAAUGUUUUAUGCAGAGCUGCCAAUUGUUAAGAAAAAGGAAUAAUUAUUAAGAUUUUCAUGUCAAAUUCUUGGAUUUACACAAAAGAGAGUAUCAAAGAUGAUUCUGAAUCUGAGCCUUAAAGAGGAUUUAUUUCUUUUUAAGGAAUCUGUUCUUUGUAUUACCUCUUCAAAGAAAUUAAUAAUUCCAUGUUGCGCAUAUGAAAUUAUGACUUUUAUAUCGAAAUUAUGACUUCUUGAGCUUCUGGAUUACUACUUUUUACUGUUAUAAAGUUGGCAGCUCUGUUUAUGUACAUUUAUCGCAUUUAUGUGCCUCAUUGUGCCAUCCAUAUGUAGCAGAAAGCUUUAUCUUUGACAUUUUUCAGGAAUGGUGUCUUUGUCUCAAGCAUGAAAUGUUAGUUAAUAAAAAUGAGCAAGAGAGUAGAUUUAUUCAUUAUCUUCCAAAUAUAUUUUCUCUGGACAUCUAUCCAUGCUGAUAUUACAAUACGAUGAAUUACAUUGUUAACUAUGCAGAAUUUAUAUCAUUUAUAUAAUUUUUUUAUAUUAUGUUCAUUCCAAAUUCUUUUUGCUUUCAAGCAUCAAGUUACAGAGGUAGAUUUCAUUGAAAGUUCUACGUUGUUACAUUUAACUUUAUAAAAUUGUAAUAAAUAUUGGGGAAGAU